CGUCACACGAGAGGGAAUUUUCAAAUACUGAAGGAGCGCACCGAACUGAAGGGGAAAGAUAAACAAAGGCGACGUUCAAAAUGCAAAGACCCGCGUAAGUACAAUACUGUAAUAUUAUGUGAAGUGUUCAUUAGUUAACCAACAAUUGUGGUUGUGUUUGUAAGCAGUUAAAUAACGACAGCUAACAAGGUAGCGAGCAGUUAGCAUUUUAACUAGCUAACUAAACUAGCUAGCCCGGCUGAUAUUAACCCUGAUUGAUAUCAGGCUAACAGUGGCUUGCUAGCUAUCUCUACUGGUAUCAUGUUGAAUGUAAUGUUUGCCAGUUUAGCAAGCUACUCCAACACAAUAAAUAGACGUUAGCCAACGCAACAAAUUGAGACACGCCAGUUUGCGUUGUUCACUUCACCAUGUAACUUCUGAAGGGUGGGCUGACUUUGUAGCCAGCAGAUUUGACCCGCUUGCUUACAACUGCACUAGUGUCUGACAGGCUUCCUGUGUAGCUUAAGACACAACAAGGAACCAGUGCAAGAUAUCUCAGAAAAGGUACCUCAAUCCAGGAAUGAGAAAUGCCUUGUACUCCGAAUUGUUCCAUUAUCCCAACAGUUACUGACUGGCUGACACUGCCAGUCCAAAAUGGCUGCUGUGGCUUCUGCUACCUAGCAUGAUGAUGAAAAUGAUAGUUUUCUGAGAAAUAUCUGGCGCUGGUUCCAUGGUGUCUUAAUCUACACAAAUACAGUAGCCAGCAGAACUGACCCGCUUGCUUAAAGCUGCACUAGGGUCGGAUCUGCUGGCUACUGUAUUUGUAGCUAGCUAUGUGUUAGCUAUGCUAGCUGUGUGUUAGCUAUGCUAGCCAUGUCUUGCUGCUUUGUUUUCCAGCCACUUUCUUGAAGUCCAACACUGUGUAAAUGUAGCUACUCAACCUGUAAAUGCCCCUCAUUAAUUUCACAGAAAGGGCAAAACUCCAAGGAGGCCAGCCCUGAAGAAAACUUCCCACACACAAAAAGACCCAGUUGGUGUAAGUUGGUUGUCACUGUCAGCUGUCACCUCAAUCAAUAGUUACUAAAAUCAAGUUGAUAAUGAAUAAAUAAGGUAUAUGUAGCUAAUGAAUAACACAUCUUCUGGUGAUUUGCCGUGUGCAGGUGUACUGCCGUAUCCGCCCUUUAGGAGCUGCAGAUGAGGAGUGUUGUAUUGACAUGAUCAGCAGCACCACCAUUCAGCUGCAUGCACCCGAUGGCAUCAAAGCCAACCGCAAUGGGGAAUACAAAGAGGUACAGGUUGAACACAGCUAGCUACAUUACAUUUCUCUCUAUGAUGCAUCUUCCUCUGUAGUCUCAUACUGAACGUGUUUCUUUCACAGACCCAGUACUCCUUCAAAAAAGUGUUUGGAAUCCAAACCUCCCAAAUAGAGUUGUUUGAGGAUGUUGCCAAACCACUUGUGGAUGACCUCAUUCACUGCAAGAACGGUAAGUGAGCAAAAUUGCCCAUUUUAUUUUAAACACAUCUGAUUUUAAGUAUUCCGUUUCGACGUGGCGUUGAGCGGCGAUUUGUUUUCUUUGCUGUCCAUAGGAUUGCUCUUCACUUAUGGCGUCACAGGCAGUGGAAAGACGUUUACCAUGACGGGGUCUCCUGGAGAAGGUGGACUCCUGCCUCGCUCUCUGGACAUGCUCUUCAACAGCAUCGGUCCAUUACAGGCCAAGAGAUUUGUAAGACUUCUUUUACAUCAUAUCUCUGGUUGUACAACUCUUGUCCUCCAGAGCCUCAUUGUAUGCUUUUGCCCUUGUCUUUUCAUCAGAGAUGGAUUUAUACAUUGAACCGGAUGUGUUGAUACACUAGCCAAUCAAUUAAGUGCUUGUGAGAGACUUAACUUUGAGUUGGCCAUUUUUAUUCAACAGCUAAUAUGUGCAAAAAGCCAAUAUUAUUUUACUAUUUGAAUUUCAGGUUCUCCAAAUGUUAAAUUGAGCGCUAAACCCGAGACGUCUAGCUUUCAAAUGUUCAAUCUUGCAGGUGUUUAGGGCAGACGACAAGAACGGCAUGGAGAUCCAAGGUCAGGUGGACGCUCUCCUGGAGAGACAGAAGAGAGAAUCGAAUCAACAGUCCGCAGUGCCCAAAACACCCUCUUCAAAGUAUGCAUGGGCUUCUAUAAGCCAAACGGGUUUCAUGCACACCUUUGUGAUCACCCUCAGCUGUCAAUAAUCUAGCAUCUAUUUACAUCUUUCAUUCAUAGAUUUUAGUGUAUCAGAGACUAUUUGAAUGACAAAAAGACAACCGGUUAAAAUGAUAUUGGAGAUGGCUGAAAAUGACCUUUUCACUUUCUUGAUUGUUGAAGCUGCUUUGAGACUGAGGUUUUGUGUUGGUUCUGUCCUUCAGGCAAAAACCUGACCCAGAGUUCGCAGACAUGAUCAGUCCAGAGGAGGCUUGCAAGUGUGAGGGAGUCGACGAGGACAGCUGCUACAGUGUGUUUGUAUCCUACAUAGAAAUAUACAAUAACUACAUCUACGAUCUGCUGGAAGAAGCUCCAUUCGACCCCAUACGACCCAAGUAAGUCCAGGCUUUGUUGUGUUACAGGUAGUUAUGUAUUGUUGUGUAAUUUGAAUUUAAAAGGAUAUGUAAAGGGAGACCCAGUAAAUCAUUCUGGAAGAGUGGUUCAACCGCACUCCUUUGCUGUCAUUUGUGUCUUCUAAAGUUAAUGUUAGUUUUGAAGUAUGCACCAGUCAAUGUAACAUGUAUUGUAGGUUAGAGAUGUCAAAUGUUUUGUGUUUUUGUUAGGCGUCCCGGUGGAGGCACACCUCUACGGAACCCUGAGUUGAUGUACGUGGUUGGUGUAGAACUAGCCUGGCACCACACUCAUCACUAGCUUUCUUUCACCUUUUUGAAGCAGUUUUAAUCUAUUUGGUCCCAGGCUAAGUGUAUACAGUUUAAAAGUAGAAAACAUGGCUGAAUUAUCUAGCCAUCAUCCUUCCCCUACAUCCCCUCCCAAUCUAAAACCCUGCAUAUAAUACGUAUGGUACCGUCAUCCCAUCCCAAUAUAAAACCCUGCAUAUAAUACGUAUGGCACCGUCAUCCCAUCCCAAUAUAAAACCCUGCAUAUAAUAUGUAUGGUACCGUCAUCCCCUCCCAAUCUAAAACCCUGCAUAUAAUACAUAUAGUAUGUAGUGUUAUUGUACAGUGUAUAUAGUAGUGUGUGUGUAUAUACAAUAUAAACAUGUAGUAUUACAAUUGGAGUACCUGUUUGCUUUUAACCCUCUGCCUCUGGUUGCCUUUGUAGAGGUAGUGCUUUACGCUCUGCCGAUUAUCAUGAGAUUGGUGUAAACGCGUCCUUGAAUGGCUGAGGUGAAGCUGAUCUGUGCUGCGGCUGGGAAGCUUGACAUAAUGCAUGUCUUUUACCUGUUGUUUUAACAUAGUCAUGUUGACUCGUUUCGCUUGUGGUUAUAGUCUAGUUUAUUUGUUGUAGGCUGUGUGGUUAACCUUAUUGUUGCUCUCCACUGUUGCAGACCGCCUCAAUCAAAGAUUUUACGCGAGGACCAGAACCACAACAUGUAUGUGUCAGGAUGCACAGAGGUCGAGGUGAAGUCCACAGAGGAAGCCUUCGAAGUGUUUUGGCGAGGUGAGUGGGAUUUGAGUAAUUCCUUUUUUUUUUGAAGGAAACAUCUUUGAUUGUAUUCGUCUAAAUUGUUUGCUUUCGUCCAGGUCAAAAGAAAAGGAGGAUUGCCAAUACUCAGCUAAACCGCGAGUCCAGUCGCUCACACAGUGUGUUCAUCGUCAAACUGGCACAGGCUCCGCUGGACGCAGAUGGAGACCACAUUCUACAGGUGACUUUGAACCUCGCAUCUUUUAUAUCUUGCAGAUACAGGUCUUCCAUAUAGAAGAGAAGACAAAAUCCACUACCUUGACCCAGGGACGGAACAAGGAUUUUUUUUUUGGCCACUGGCCAGCCAGGCUAGUAGAACACAAUGUUUUACUAGCCUGGGUCCAAUAUCUGUGCCGUGCGAUAUUUGAAAAGACAACAUUUCACUAGCCAGGAGGCUAGUUGGGGAAAUGUUCCACUAGCCAGGGCUUCUUUGGCUGCUUACCCUCCAUCCCUGCCUUCACCUAACCUUAAGAUAGCUCACAUAGUAAUUAAAGGAUGUUUGUUAUCACAAGAAAUGUCUGUUGCUCCGUAACUAGUGGAAGCUGUGUUAGCUCACGUAUGUUUCGCUAGAAGCCCCAAUACAGAGCGUGUACUCACUGCAAUACAGAGCAGGCGUGCUAACGGCUAUCACUGGACCACGUGGACUUCAACCAGUGCUAGCUCUGAUAGCCUAGCCUGUCUGUGUUACAGGACAAGAACCAGGUGACUGUUAGCCAGCUGUGUCUGGUGGACCUGGCAGGGAGCGAGCGCACCAGCAGGACUAAAGCAGAGGGCAGCCGCCUCCGGGAAGCAGGUAAGCUGACAACAUGGGACCCAUAGAAAUAUCAUUUUAAACUUUUCUAUUUUUAUAACAGCACCACUGACCUAGCUUGGAUACCAGUCUGUUUAGCUAACAUUCCACUCCUUGUACUCUUGUGUCAUAUGCCACAUGUUUAGUAUGACAGGAGUGGAAUGAUGACUGGUACCCACACUAGUACUGACCUACUGGCAGCUUCACAACAUGCACCCAUCUUUACCUGGCAUCUCAACUCUUCCCCAGGCAACAUCAACCAGUCCCUGAUGACGUUACGCACCUGUAUAGAAGUCCUCAGAGAGAACCAGAUGUGUGGAACAAACAGGGUUGGUCUUUUUUUUUUUUUUGAAUGAAUCUUUUUGUGUACUUGAUGAACUGUAGACAAGAUGAGUCAAGUGCUGAUAUUGCUGGCGUGAUGUCAUAAAGGAACACAGUAAUACUGAGACUCUGUGUUUGUUCCAGAUGGUUCCUUACAGAGACUCCAAAGUCACUCAUCUGUUCAAGAACUAUUUUGACGGGGAAGGGAAAGUCCGCAUGGUUGUGUGUGUCAACCCGAAAGCCGACGACUACGAAGAAACCAUGGUACGGUGAUUCGACACAACUCACUUCUGAAUCAUUUAACCAAUGUUGAUGUAGUGUAGUUGUUUUUGCUAUAGUCAUUAGAUCCCCGAAACAGCCCUAAGAAACGUAAAUAUCAACAAGACAUAACUGUGUAUGUGUGUGUGUCUUGGUGGGUGUGUGUUCCUUCAGUUGGUCAUGCGCUUUGCAGAGUUGACCCAGGAGGUUGAGGUGGCGCGGCCGGUGGACAGGCCCAUCUGCAGCCUGGCGGCAGGGCGGAGACACCGGAACCAGGCCUUCAGAGACGAGAUGUCACGACGCCAGGAGGAGCGUCCCGGGGGACCCAGCAACACAGGUACACACACAUAAUCACAGAGGUAUAUUUGCAUAUAUGCAACUAUGGGUAGAAAUGUGGAUGCAGUACGUUACAACAGGGCUACAAAGCAGGAGGGUUCUCACAUCUCAUUUUAAAGCAUCUGAUUGUACAUGGGUCAUGUUAGAAAUCAUGCAUUUUUUGCAAAUUUCCAACCUGAACACACGUACAAUGUGACCAACACCUCAGCCAUCAAUAACGUAAAGCCAAGCUGAUCUGUUCUCCUCUGAUUUCCCAGAGGAUGGCUCGGUGCUGAACCAGCUCCUGGACAGCCUGCCGGCCCUGCCUGCCUGUGAGUUGGUGGACCCCACCGACGAGCAGAGCCUUCCCCGCCUCAUAGAGGUGCUGGAGAAGAGGCACCGCAUUCGCCAGAUGAUCACUGAGCAGUACACCACAACUGGUAUGGACCAAGCCACUAUAGACCUAUUAAGGGUGUUCUGUCACUACAGGACCUUUUUUUUCUAUUUAAUUAUUCUUAUUUAUCGGUAUGUAGUUCUGUUCUUGUCUAUUAAUGUUUUGUGUUGACCCCAGGAAGAGUAGCUGCUGCUUUAGCAACAUCUAAAGGGGAUCCUAAUAAAAUACCAAGGGCUUUAGAGAUGCACAUGUAGUCUACAAUCAUUUGAAAUGUCAUAGACGUCCUGUGUUUACAUUAAUGAUUGUCUGAAGUUCAUCUGGCUUUUCUUUGGGCAUGUUUUUUCUGUAAGAAAAUGUUUAGUUAAUGUAAACAUAUUGUCUCCCUGAGAACUUUAGUGGACUGGAGUUAAAUUCCAUUUGUGUCAAUGGAUUAAUUUCCAUUCCUUUUCCCCCUUUCCAUCAGCCAACACACUGAAAUCGAUGCUCCAGGAGUUUGAUGGUCACCUGAUGGCCAAGGAGAACUUCAUCCAUGAACAGCGGGGCAAACUGGGGGAGAAGGACAAGAUCCUGGUCAACCAGAAGAAUGAGAUGGAUCGGCUGGAGAAGAAAUCCAAAAUGCUGGAAUACAAGGUGAGGUCUAAAUCCUCCAUCUCUCUCCUCCUCCAUCUCUCUCUCUCCUCCUCCAUCUCUCUCUCUCUCCUCCUCCAUCUAUCUCUCUCUCCUCCUCCAUCUCUCUCUCUCUCCUCCUCCAUCUCUCUCUCUCCUCCUCCAUCUCUCUCUCUCUCCUCUUCCCUACCUCCCAUCUCUCCAUCUCCUCUCCUCCGAACCAUUUUUUAAUACCAUGGAAACCCAUGUAUUCAUACAUCGAAUCAAACUUAUCCUAAACUUUUUUUUAGGUUCCCAACACUUGCAUAUAUUUUCUUAUGUCUCCCCCCAGAUUGACAUUCUGCAGAAGACCACCAACAUCUACGAGGAGGACAAGCGGUCGCUGCAGCAGGAGCUGGAGAGCCGUGAGCAGAGGCUGCAGCGUGAGCUGUCAGAGAGGAAGCGCAUGGAGACACGCAUGCAGGGCAUGGUGACUGACACCAAGCACCAGUGGGAGAAGGAGUGUGUAAGUGGAGUGUACACUCCUUCCCUUCAGCCCUCUUUCACUCUCUUUCAAUAGAUCUGGGCACUAAGCUGCUAACUAACCCCAGACUGUGUGGGGGCACUAAGCUGUUAACUAACCCCAGACUGUGUGGGGGCACUAAGCUGCUAACUAACCCCAGACUGUGUGGGGGCACUAAGCUGUUAACUAACCCCAGACUGUGUGGGGGCACUAAGCUGUUAACUAACCCCAGACUGUGUGGGGGCACUAAGCUGUUAACUAACCCCAGACUGUGUGGGGGCACUAAGCUGCUUACUAACCCCAGACUGUGUGGGGGCACUAAGCUGCUAACUAACCCCAGACUGUGUGGGGGCACUAAGCUGUUAACUAACCCCAGACUGUGUGGGGGCACUAAGCUGCUAACUAACCCCAGGUUGUAGAUCAUUAACAUAGAUGUCGCUAGGUGUGGUGGUUAUUGUAGUUAAGUGCUACUUAUGUUUUGGUGAAGUUGUGUAGUUUGUUAACAUUGGUCUAUGUUCAAAUCAAUCUUUCUCUUGCUACCUCAGGACCGUCGCGUGAACGCCAAGCAGCUGGAGAUGCAGAACAAGCUGUGGGUGAAGGAUGAGAAGCUGAAGCAGCUGAAGGCCAUCGUAUCAGAGAGCAACAGCAGCGCAACCUCAGAGCAGCAGCGUCCCCCACCACCCCCAGACAAGCCCCAGAGAACCUUCCGGGAGAAAGACCAGCUUCGCGCCCCUGAGAAGAAGAGAUCUCCCUCGCCGCUGCCCGUGAGUUGUUACGCCCUGUCACUGCCUCUUUCUCCCUCUCGGCUCUCUCUCUCCCUCGCUCUCUCUCUCUCUCUUUCUCUAUCCCUCUAUCUCUCCGUCUAUAAGUGAUUGUGAUUGUAAUUGAUAUUAUUGUAAUAGAUAUUGACUGACUGGAAAUAUUUUGAUUGACCAUUGUCUUGCAUGGUGGGUUAAAGGUGUUAGUCUCUACUGUCUACCAAGCAGAUGCUGCGUCAUCAGACCACAUGUACUAUUACUCAGCUGUCUCCGUUACUGGCCACCUGCAUGUGUUUGUCCGCCACUGCUUCAUUCUACUGUCAUUUGUGUGAACCCGGGGCCUGUUUUAGAAGGGUGUAACAUUAGUGUUCAGAUAGAAACAUGUAUGCUGUAGAACAUAUAUGAUUGUCUGUCAUGCAGAAUGGGGAAUCGUGUUGGCUCCAUUUUUGUUAACAUUUUAUCUACAACGUUGUGAAUACACUGUUGGAGAUACCAUGCUACAGCCUUCAUAUCAUACUCCCCCAGGACUCCCAGACUCCCUCCACCUCCUGCUACCACCACCAGGUCAGGACAGCUCAGGGCCUCCCCCUCCCACCCUCCUCCUCCUCCGCUGGUAGUCUCUCAGUAGCCUCCGUCAUCUCUGAGUGGGAGCAGAGGUUCCCCAUAGGUAGAGACCCCCCCGGGACCCCCGGAGCGUACGGAAGCGCGACCCCAUACGGAAGCAACAGUGUGGGCCGCAGGAGAGGCCAGCGAUGGGCCCCUGAGACAGAGGCCCCGGGCCCCAGCCACACAUACGGGCUAGACCUAGAAUCAAGCUCAAGGGUUAGUGUGUGUUAGAAUUUCACUCUAAGGGACUGGUUUCCCAGACAAAGAUUAAGCAUAGUCCUGGAUUUAAAAAACAUGCUUUUGGCUUAAUCUGUGUCCAGGAAAUCAGGAGGUAAAGUGUAAGUAGAUAGAUCUUCCAUGCUUGUAGACCCGUAUAGAACAGCACCCUAGACCCGUAUAGAACAGCACGCUAGACCCGUAUAGAACAGCACGCUAGACCCGUAUAGAACAGCACCCUAGACCCGUAUAGAACUGCACGCUAGACCCGUAUAGAACUGCACCUGUUGCUGCUUGCUUUGUAUACUUACCUACUGUACAUGUGGUAGAUAUUAGGGCCAGGCUGAUACCAGUAUCGAUACUCGUUAGUAUCGUGGCGAGGGGGGGAAAAAACACAAAGCAGAUUUGAACUCCUUUAGGAAAACAGCCCUAAUGUUGGAAACAAACAUCAUUAUGUUGUCAUCCAGAGUCACAUGUAUUUAUUUUCCAAGCUAUAGCACACAAUAUUUUACUUACAGCAGGUUUUUAAAGGACCAAAGAGGUCGGUCUGCUUCGUGUUUUCAUUUUUGCCAUGGAAACAAAAUUGCGAUACUGGUAUCAUCACAGUCCUAGUAGAGCUGUUCAGUAAUUAGAUCUGCUCUGCUUGUACUCCUGUGGGCUUUCAUCUCUGUGUGGGUGUGUUCGUAUGGGUGGUAGAUGUACCGUAGCUAGUUCUGCCAUGCAUGUACACCCUUAUAGAAUCAUCCUGCAUCAUAACAGAAGUGCGUCAAUAGCUGUUUGGUUGUACUACCGUUGGUCUGUAAUGGCCACCACAGGACUGAUAACCAGGCUGUACUACCGUUGGUCUGUAAUGGCCACCACAGGACUGAUAACCAGGCUGUACUACCAUUGGUCUGUAAUGGCCACCACAGGACUGAUAACCAGGCUGUACUACCGUUGGUCUGUAAUGGCCACCACAGGACUGAUAACCAGGCUGUACUACCGUUGGUCUGUAAUGGCCACCACAGGACUGAUAACCAGGCUGUACUACCAUUGGUCUGUAAUGGCCACCACAGGACUGAUAACCAGGCUGUACUACCAUUGGUCUGUAAUGGCCACCGCAGGACUGAUAACCAGGCUGUACUACCAUUGGUCUGUAAUGGCCACAACAGGACUGAUAACCAGGCUGUACUACCAUUGGUCUGUAAUGGCCACCACAGGACUGAUAACCAGGCUGUACUACCAUUGGUCUGUAAUGGCCACCACAGGACUGAUAACCAGGCUGUACUACCAUUGGUCUGUAAUGGCCACCACAGGACUGAUAACCAGGCUGUACUACCAUUGGUCUGUAAUGGCCACCACAGGACUGAUAACCAGGCUGUACUACCAUUGGUCUGUAAUGGCCACCACAGGACUGAUAACCAGGCUGUACUACCGUUGGUCUGUAAUGGCCACCACAGGACUGAUAACCAGGCUGUACUACCAUUGGUCUGUAAUGGCCACCACAGGACUGAUAACCAGGCUGUACUACCGUUGGUCUGUAAUGGCCACUACAGGACUGAUAACCAGGCUGUACUACCAUUGGUCUGUAAUGGCCACCACAGGACUGAUAACCAGGCUGUACUACCAUUGGUCUGUAAUGGCCACCACAGGACUGAUAACCAGGCUGUACUCUAUCAUCAACAUUAUCCCCUAGUGUAGGCUGUAUUACAUACAGUAGGGGAAAUAAGUAGCGUAUUAAACAUUUCAGCACGUGCACAUACAAUAUUCGCAAAUCUCCUCAGACUAUUUGUGGACCCCAGGAAGAGUAGCUGCUGCUUCAGCAACAGCUAAUGGGAUCCUAAUAAAAUACUAAAUACAAUAAUACUCUUAUAAAACAAUCCAUUGAUCAAUUCAUGAUGCUAUAGAUUGCUACUGUAAAACUCAGAGAUAUAUAACCUGGUUUCAAUCAUAAUGUUGGCAGCUAAUACCUGUCAUUGGUCUUCCAUUAGCCUAUCUUACAGGAAGGGUUUUAAGAAAAUUAUCUUUGAUCAAAUCAAUUUUACAGUGGCAAGAAAAAGUAUGUUAACCCUUUGGAUUUACCUGAAUUUCUGCAUAAAUUGGUCAUAAAAUGUGAUCUGAUCUUCAUCUAAGUCACAACAACAGACAAACACAGUCUGCUUAAACUAAUAACACACAAACAAUUAUACGUUUUCAUGUCUUUAUUGAACACAACGUGUAAACAUUCACAGUGCAGGGUGGGAAAAGUGAACCCUUGGAUUUAAUAACUGGUUGACCCUCCUUUGGCAGCAAUAACCUCAACCAAACGUUUUGUGUAGUUGCAGAUCAGACCUGCACAACGGUCAGGAGGAAUUUUGGACCAUUCCUCUUAACGAAAACUGUUUCAGUUCAGCAAUAUUAUUGGGAUGCUGGUGGGAACUGCUCUCUUGAGGUCAUGCCACAGCAUUUCAAUCGGGUUGAGGUCAGAACUCGAGAAGGAGUAUUUUCUUCUGUUGAAGCCAUUCUGUUGAUUUACUUAUGUGUUUUGGGUCGUUGUCCUGUUGCAUCACCCAACUUCUGUUGAGCUUCAUUUGGCGGACAGAUAUGCUUACAUUCUCCUGCAAAAUGUCUUGAUAAACUUGAAUUCAUUUUUCCGUCUGAUGGCUGUCCAGGCCCUGAGGCAGCAACGCAGCCCCAAACCGUGAUGCUCCCUCCACCAUACUUUACAGUUGGGAUGAGGUUUUGAUGUUGGUGUGCUGUGCCUUUUUUUCUCCACACAGUGUUGUGUGUUCCUUCCUUCAAAACAACUCAACUUUAGUUUCAUCUGUCCACAAAAUAUUUUGCCAGUAGCGCUGUGGAACAUCCAUGUGGUCUUUUGCAAACUUCAGACGUGCAGCAAUGUUUUUUUAUUUUAUUUAUUUUUUUAUUUUAUUUUUUUGGACAGCAGUGGCUUCUUCCAUGGUGUCUUCCCAUGAACACCGUUCUUGUUUAGUUGUCACGAGAAUUUCUAUCUCUAAUUAAUCAAACUUAAUGCUUUGAAUAAUUCCCAGAGGGUGUAAGACUGGUUUAAUCAUGAAUUAAACGAAGGUCCACAACCAGCAAGAAUGAUCUGUAUGUUUUAAUCAUGGAGAGCUCUGCCGCCAAAAAAUACAUAUACAGCUUUUAUACCCCUUGACACACAAAGGCACUUUGCUCCGCCCACCUUUUUAGGAGGCUUUUUUAAACAGUUUCUCAGUCCCCUUCACCCUGGAAUGCUUUCUCAGCAGUUUCUAACUCCUCCCCCUCUGUUAGUGGGUUGACACUACAUUAUAACUCUAACACCGUUCACACAUUUAUACUGUAUUUGGGGUGAAAUCCUUUUAGUCAUUAUUCUUCAAAUACAAAUUAAUCUAUCAUUAGUGUUUUCCGUAUCGUAGCCUCGUCAACAGAGAUGUUAGCAUGGUCUAGUUUUCUGUAAGUGUUUAGCUGACCCUCUAGGAUUCUUCUUAACCUCACUGGGCAUUCUGCACUGCGCUCUUGCAGUCAUCUUUGCAGGACGGCCGCUCCUAGGGAGAGUAGCAACAUUGCUGAACGUUCUCCAUUUUUAUAGACAAUUUGUCUUACCGUUGACUGAUGAACAUCAAGGCUUUUUAGAGAUACUUUUGUAACCCUUUCCAGCUUUAUGCAAGUCAACGAUUCUUAAUCUAAUGUCUUCUGAGAUCUCUUUUUGAUCGAUGCAUGGUUCACAUCAGGCAAUGCUUCUUGUAAAUAGCAAAGGCACAUUUUGUGAGUUUUGUUUUUUUAAUAGGGCAGGGCAGCUCUAACCAACAUCUCCAAUCUCGUCUCAUUGGCUGGACUCCAGGUCAGCUGACUCCUGACUCCAAUUAGCUUUUGGAGAAGUCAUUAGCCUAGGGGUUCACAUACUUUUUCUGAUAUAGACAAGAAAAAUACAAUUAUUUGUUUAAGCACACUGUCUAUUGUUGUGACCUUAGAUGAAGAUCACAUUUUAUGACCAAUUUAUGUAGAAAUCCAGGUAAUUCCAAAGGGUUCACAUACUUUUCCUUGCCACUGUAUAUGAACCUCCAGAGGAUAGAUGUUUGUCUAAUUAUACCUGUUAACCAAUCUAUACUGUAUAUAACCCAUGGUCUUCUGUUCUGUCAGCCUACUCAAUCUACCAUAAUACCUGUGUUCUGCCAGCCUACUCAAUCUACCAUAAUACCUGUGUUCUGCCAGCCUACUCAAUCCACCAUAAUACCUGUGUUCUGCAAGCCUACUCAAUCUACCAUAAUACCUGUGUUCUGCAAGCCUACUCAAUCUACCAUAAUACCUGUGUUCUGCCAGCCAACUCCAAUCCACACUAACACCUGCCGCCGGUCCACCGUAGACGCUACUACUAACCCAAUGACCCUCAACACCACUACUGUCAAUCAUUCCUUGAUUUGUCUUUUUCCUCACUGUUUUUAAAUGGGACCCACCAGACCACAGGAACACCGAUUCACCCACGCCACAGACGCUCACACUCAGCGGGUGGGGAGCGAUGGGUAGAUCACAAACCACCCUCUAAUUUGGACUUAAACACGGUCAUGCAGCCAAUCAUACCCAAUGCGAUCAAGGUGUCAGCGGCCAGCGAGAAAGCUCUGUCUAAAUGCCACAAGUAUGUUCUCACGCAUCAGGAGCUUGCCUCCGAUGGGGACAUUCAGACCAAACUGAUCAAGGUAAAAAAAAAAAAAAUGAAAUCAAAGUUUCCUCAAUUGGUGUCUUUUGAUUGUCUUUGUUUGUCUAUUUCAUAUUUUUGUUACUUUUUCACCUUUUUUCACCUUCUGGGUUUGUGAAUCUUUCCGACUACUAUAGAAGGGUAAUGCUACCUGAGCAAUGAUAGUAGUUGCAUCUGAAGGAACAAUGUUUGAAACAGAGAUUUGUACUGCUACAACCAUAUACCUGAUUUUACUGUGGAGGGUAAAGCAUUUGUAUCCCUCACUGUGAGUCUUUCUGCGUGAGACCUCGCUUCAUCUGAUCGUUGUCUACCUCUUCAGGGAGACGUGUUCAAAACGAGAGGUGGAGGACAAGCCGUGCAGUUCACAGACAUUGAAACGCUUAGACAGGAAUGCCCAACUGCUUCAAGGUAGGCCCAUUGCACAACCCAUCAGUUAUUAUGCAGACACUUUGACAGACAGUGUUUUAUGUGCGUGUAGUGUUGCAACUGUCCCAACAGUUCUAGGUUUCCAGAAAUCCUGGUUUUCCAGAUUUUGUGCUGGAAUAUUUCAUCUGGGAUUUCUGGAAAACUUUUGCAACCCUGUGUGUGCCUAUCAGAAAUAAUCUUCUGUUGAGAUGAGGACAUUUACCUCACUGUCACAUCUUCUUGAAAUAAUAGUUGGCUGUGUUUAGCGUAAGUCGUUCAGAGAGACCUGAUGUGAAUAUUUUCUGUUCCAUGAAGUCGUAAGAGGAGGUCAUCGGGAGACGGGUCAGGACAACAUGAUGGGAACAAGAUGAACUUCAACGACCGAGAGAACAGGGUAAUCUGACCUCACUACUGUCUGUCACUCAUUCACCUGGGCUGUAGUUAAACGCCUAUUAGAUUUUGUAAUGAUAUCCGCUCAUAAAGGUAUAAAUCAGCUAGACGGUUGGUGUGACCCAGGGUAUAAAAUAUGUUUUCUCCCGACAGGCACCAGUGGCAAGCACAAGUUCGGGUCUUGGUCUCCAGAAUGGCUAUCAAAAGUGAGAAUUUAUAUCACAUUCCAGUAGGGAUUUUGACUGACGACAACAUUGCGUUGCAUGUUUUCAUAGUAUUGACUAAUCUACUGCAGUUGACAAAUGACUUUUCUCUGUCCCUUCUUUCAGACGCAGAAAGUAGGGCCUGGACUGAUGAGAAGCGUCAUCUUUUUCUAAAUGCUGGAUUUUUUUCUAUCUAAUCAUGACUAUAGCUUAAAAGGGACAUUUGAAUUAGAUUUAGAGAUAACGUGUCACAUUGUAUAGCUUACCACCUUUACAUAUGAAACUUUCCUUCACUGCUUUUUCAAGCCCAAAGAUUAUUUAGAUGACAAAAUGUAACUUUUUUUUCACACUCUCUCAAUUUCAAGGCACUUGUUUUUUUUUUUUUUUUAAAACAAGGUUUGAUAAUUUGUAUAGACCUAUAUUCAGACACAUGAUCUGCAGAAAAUCAAUGGUAGAAAGCUGCUAGUGCAAAAAACCCCAAUUAUAUACUUUAUAUAGCCUGCCGGCCAGUUUCUGUCUGACUGCAAAUAAAUGUCUUUUUGAAGGAAUGUAUUAUUUAAAAACUGAAAAAAAUAAAUCAAGAAAUGAG